AUGCUCGGGCCUCGGCUGCUGCUGCUCCUCUCCUGCGGGGGGGCCCUGCUCGGCGCCGGUCUGGAGGACAGCUCCUCGGUGCCCCCAGGGCUCCACAAGGCAAAGGAUCCCCCACAGCCAGAUGAGGCUCAUGGGCAGCCCCCCGUCCUGAGGAACUGCCCAGGGCACAGGGCCACGGCCCAGCUACAGGGCGAGUGUGGCCUGGAGUCUCCACCCCAGCCCAGAGCUGGGUGGGCAUGGGGAUGUGGGCCUCUCCCCACCCACCCCCGGGGGGCGCCUGGAGACUGGGAGGGGCUCCAGACCCACUCUGCCGGCUGGGAGGACGCAGAACUCCAAGACCCCACACUCUCUGCAGCUCCAGACAAUAGGGGCCGGUGCUCCACAUGGGGGGCUGGCCACUUCUCCACCUUCGAUGGCCACACGUAUGACUUCUCUGGGACCUGCAACUACGUCUUUGCGGCCGUCUGCAAGGAUGCCCCAUCCACCUUCAGCGUCCAGCUACGGCGAGGGCCUGCUGGGAACAUCUCCCGGAUCAUUGUGGAGCUGGGGGCCUCUGCGGUCACCGUGCAGGACACAGUCAUCGCCAUCAAGGACGUGGGGGUGGUCAGCCUGCCCCACACCAGCAACGGGCUCCAGAUCACACCCUUCGGACAGAGCGUGAGGCUGCUGGCCAAGCAGCUGGAGAUGGAGCUGGUGGUCAUGUGGGGUCCCGGUGCCCAUCUCAUGGUACUGGUGGAGAGGAAGUACAUGGGCAAGAUGUGCGGGCUGUGUGGGAACUUCGACGGCGAGAAGACCAACGAGUUUCUGAGCGAGGACGGCCAACUGCUGGAGCCCCACAAGUACGCUGCCCUCCAGAAGCUGGAUGACCCCAACGAGAUCUGUGCCUAUGAGGCCAUCCCCAGCCCCCGGCUCCUGCAGGCAGAGCACGCCCAGACCUGCCUGCAGCUGCUGACCCUGGUGGCGCCUGAGUGCACCGUGCCCCAGGAGCCCUUCCUGCUGAGCUGCCAGGCAGACAUGGCCGCAUGCGUGGAGCCCGGCCGGCAUAACUGCAGCUGCGCCACGCUGUCUGAGUACUCACGCCAGUGCAGUAUGGCCGGCCAGCCCGUCAGCAGCUGGCGGGGUCUCGACCUCUGCUCUGUGGGCCAGUGCCCGGCCAACCAGGUGUACCGGGAGUGUGGCGAGACCUGCAUGCAGACCUGCUCCAACCCGCAGCACAGCUGCUCCAGCUUCUGCACCUUCGGCUGCUUCUGCCCAGAAGGGAUGGUUCUGGAUGACAUCUCAAAAAACCACAGCUGUGUUCCCGAGCCCCAGUGCCCCUGCAUGCUCAGCGGGGUGGUUUAUGCCCCCGGGGAGGUCACAACAGCCGCCUGCCAGACCUGCCGGUGCUCGGGGGGCCACUGGGAGUGUGAGGAGCGGCCCUGCCCACGGCGCUGUGCCCUGGAGGGAGGCUCCUUCGUCACCACGUUCGACGCCAGGCCCUUCCGCUUCCAUGGCACCUGCACCUACGUCCUUGUCCAGAGCCCCCAGCUCCCUGACGGUGGCUCGCUCAUGGCUGUGUUCGACAAAUCUGGGUACUCUCACUCGGAGACCUCCCUGGUUGCUGUCAUCUACAAGUCCAGACAGGACAAAAUCGUGAUUUCUCAGGAUGAGGUGGUCACCAACAAUGGCGACACCAAGUGGCUGCCAUACAAGACCCGAAACAUCACGGUCUUCAGGCAGACAUCCACCCACCUUCAGAUGGUCACCACCUUCGGGCUAGAGCUUGUGAUCCAGCUGUGGCCCGUGUUCCAGCUGUACAUCACUGUCGGGCCCCAGUUCAGAGGCCAGACCAGAGGGCUCUGCGGCAACUUCAACGGGGACACGACGGACGAUUUCACCACGAGCAUGGGCAUCGCCGAGGGCACUGCCUCGCUCUUCGUGGACUCCUGGCGAGCGGGAAACUGCCCCGCUGCGCUGGAGCGUGAGACCGACCCCUGCUCCAUGAGCCAGCUCAACAAGGUGUGUGCGGAGACCCACUGUGCGGUGCUGGUGCAGAAGGGCACGGUGUUUGAGAACUGCCAUGCCACCGUGGACCCCAAGCCCUUCUACAAGAGGUGCGUGUACCAGGCUUGCAACUACGAGGAGACAUUCCCGCACAUCUGCGCCGCCCUCGGUGACUACGCGCUGGCGUGCGCCUCACGGGGCGUCCUGCUGCAGGGCUGGAGGAGCAGCGUGGACAACUGCAGCAUUCCCUGCACAGGCAACCAGACGUUCAGCUACGACAGCCAGGCCUGCGACCACACGUGCCUGUCGCUGACUGACCGCGAGGCCGAGUGCCACCCCAGCGCUGUGCCGGUGGACGGCUGCAACUGCCCCGAGGGCACCUACCUGAACCACAAGGCCGAGUGUGUGCGCAAGGCCCAGUGCCCCUGCCUCCUGGACAACCACGGGUUCAUCCUGGCCGACCAGUCCACCAUGGUCAACGGGGUCGUCUGCCACUGCAUCAAUGGGCGGUUGAGCUGUCCAGCGCGGCCUCAGAUGCUUUUGGCAACCUGCUCAGCCCCAAAGACCUUCCAGUCCUGCAGUCAGUCCUCGGAGGACAAGUUUGGGGCGGCCUGCGCCCCCACCUGUCAGAUGCUGGCCACUGGCACCCCCUGCGUGCCCACGAAGUGUGAGCCCGGAUGUGUCUGUGCCAAGGGGCUCUACGAGAACGCCAGCGGGCAGUGCGUGCCCCCCGAGGAGUGCCCAUGCGAGUUUGCGGGCAUCUCCUACCCCCGGGGCGCUGAGCUCCACACCGACUGUAAGAGCUGCAUCUGCUCGAACGGGACAUGGUCCUGCCAGCAGAGCGCCCACUGCCCGUCCACCUGCAGCCUCUAUGGGGAGGGCCACGUGGUCACCUUUGACGGGCAGCGCUUUGUGUUCGAUGGCAAUUGCGAGUACAUCCUGGUCACGGACGGCUGCAACGCCAGUGACUCGCAGCCCACCUUCAAGAUCCUGACAGAGAACGUCGUGUGCGCAAAGUCAGGUGCCACCUGCUCGAGGGCCAUCAAGAUCCUCCUGGGGGGCCUGUCCAUCGUGCUGGCAGACGCCAACUACACGGUGAGCGGGGAGGACCCUGGCGUGCACUUCCGGGUCAAGGCUGGCUCCCUGCACCUGGUGCUGGACAUCACCAUCAGCAGCGCGUACAACCUGACCCUCACCUGGAACAAGCACAUGACCGUCUUCAUCAAGGUCGCCCGCGCCUCCCAGGAUCCCCUCUGCGGCCUGUGUGGCAACUACAAUGGGAAUAUGAAAGACGACUUCCAGACACGCAGCAAGUACCUGGCAUCCAGCGAGCUGGAGUUCGUGAACUCCUGGAAGGAGAGCCCACUGUGCGGCGACACCACCUUUGCGCUGGACCCCUGUAGCGUCAACACCUUCCGCCGCUCCUGGGCCGAGCGCAAGUGCAGCAUCAUCAACAGCCAAACCUUCGCCGCCUGCCACGGCCAGGUCUACCGCCUGCCCUACUACGAGGCCUGCGUGCAGGACACGUGUGCGUGCGACACUGGCGGGGACUGCGAGUGCCUAUGUGAUGCUGUGGCCGCCUACGCCAAGGCCUGCGUGGACAAGGGCGUGUGUGUGGACUGGCGGUCCCCUGACUUCUGCCCCGUGUACUGUGAGUUCUACAACACGCACACGCAGGUGGGUGGCGAGUUCCAGUACACCCAGGAGGCCAACUGCACGUGGCACUACCAGCCGUGCCUCUGCCCCGCGUCGCCACAGAGCGUCCCUGACAACGUCGAAGGUUGCUACAACUGCUCCCAGGAUGAGUACUUCGAUCACGACAAGGGGACGUGCAUGCCAUGCAUGCUGCUGCCCACCACGCCAGCGCCAACAGGCUCGCCUGCCACAGAAACCACGCCAGCCACGGCCACGGCCGGCACCACGCUGAUCCCCAGCACUGGGCUCCGCUCCCCAACAACACCCACGGGGCCCAUGCAGACGCCCAGCCUCCCAGCCAUGGGCUCUUCAUCCACACAGGCAGGGACAGCCCCAACCACCCGGACACAACCAACAGUCUCCUCGGAGGGGUCACCGUGGAGCACCUCUGCUGUCACCGCCCAGGCCACAUCUGCACCGGUCCCCACAGCCACUCAAAGGUCCACAGCCACGGGCCCUCCCGUGACCUGGGCCACCACGCGGCCCACGGGGCCCUCCCUCAGCACCGCCACGCAGUCCACAGCUCGGGCCACGGCGCACACCACAGCAGCCUCGCCAAGCCUGGCGACAUCGGGGACCGCCACAGGGAACGCCUCACCAAGCCUGGCGACGUCGGGGACCGCCACAGGGAACGCCUCGCCAAGCCUGGCGACGUCGGGGACCGCCACAGGGAACGCCUCGCCAAGCCUGGCGACGUCGGGGACCGCCACAGGGAACGCCUCGCCAAGCCUGGCGACGUCGGGGACCGCCACAGGGAACCCCACAAACAUCAACUCCACCCACAACCACCACACCCACAGCCACACCCUACCCAACCCUACCGCCUCCAGAGACCCUUCCUGUCCACGUGUCAACAUCAGCCACCUCCUCAGUGACUCCAACCUCUCACCAGGUUAUCACCCUGACCGAGUCCCACACCACCUUCUCCACCACAAAGACAACUGCCACACCACUGACAACCACAACAGAGACCACCACACCCACACCACUGACAAAGACCACAACAGAAACCACCACACCCACAUCACUGACAGAGAUCACAACAGGAACCACCAUACUCACAGCCACACCACUGACAAAGACAACCAGAGAAACUACCACAUCCACAGCCACUCCACUGACAGAGACCACCACAGAAACCACCACACCCACAAUCACACCACUGACAGAAACCACCACAGAAACCAGCACAGCCUCACCACUGACAGAGACCACCACACCCACAGCCACACCACUGACAACCACAACAGAGACCACCACACCCACACCACUGACAAAGACCACAACAGAAACCACCACACCCACACCACUGACAGAGAUCACAACAGGAACCACCAUACUCACAGCCACACCACUGACAAAGACAACCAGAGAAACUACCACAUCCACAGCCACUCCACUGACAGAGACCACAACAGAGACCACCACACCCACAGCCACACCACUGACAGAAACCACCACAUCCACAGCCACACCACUGACAAGGACCACCACACCCACACCACAGACAGAGACGACCACACCCAUAGUCACACCACUGACAGAGACCACAACAGAAACCACCACACCCACAGACACACCACUGACAACCACCACCAAAUCCACAGUCACACCACUGACAGGGACCACCACAGAAACCAGCACAGCCACACCACUGACAGAGACCACCACACCCACAGCCACACCACUGACAAAGACCACCACAUCCACAGCCACACCACUGACAACCACAACAGAGACCACCACACCCACACCACUGAUAAAGACCACAACAGAAACCACCACACCCACACCACUGACAGAGACUACCACACCCACAGGCGCACCACUGACAACCACCACCAUACUCACAGCCACACCACUGACAAAGACAACCAGAGAAACUACCACAUCCACAGCCACUCCACUGACAGAGACCACAACAGAGACCACUAUACCCACAGCCACACCACUAACAAAGACAACCACACCCACAGCCACACCACUGACAAAGACAACAGAGACCACCACACCCACAAUCACACCACUGACAAAGACCACCACAGAAACCACUACACCCACAAUCACACCACUGACAGAAACCACUACCGAAACCAGCACAGCCACACCACUGACAGAGACCACCACACCCACAGCCACACCACCGACAAAGACCACCACACCCACAGCCACACCAUUGACAAAGACCACCACACCCACAGCCACACCACUGACAGAGACCACCACAUCCACAGUCACACCACUGACAAAGACCACCACAGAAACCAGCACAGCCACAGCACUGACAGAGACCACCACAUCUACAGCCACACCACUGACAAAGACAACCAGAGAAACUACCACAUCCACAGCCACUCCACUGACAGAGACAACCACAUCCACAGCCACACCACUGACAAAAACAACAGAGACCACCACACCCACAGCCACACCACUGACAGAGACAACCACAUCCACAGGCACACCACUGACAAAGACAACCAGAGAAACUACCACAUCCACACCACUGACAGAGACCACAACAGAAACCACCACACCCACAGCCACACCACUGACAGAGACAACCACAUCCACAGCCACACCACUGACAAAAACAACAGAGACCACCACACCCACAGCCACACCACUGACAGAGACAACCACAUCCACAGGCACACCACUGACAAAGACAACCAGAGAAACUACCACAUCCACACCACUGACAGAGACCACCACAAAAUCCACUACACCCACAGUCACACCACUGACAGAGACCACCACACCCACAGCCACACCACUGACAAAGACCACAACAGAAACCACCACACCCACACCUACUGGCACCCCAACGCCAUUGACACAUGUGCCGGUCACAUCCACGGCACCCACAUCCACAUCCCCACUGCUGACAACAACAAUAGGGAGCACCACACCCACAACCCUGCCACUCACAAAGACCACAACAGGGACCACACAAACCCAGAGCUCACUCCCACCCUGUCCCCUGCCCCCACUGUUAGUACCAUCAUCCUGUCUACACCCCGGACCACGGUCAGCAGCCCCACUUCCUCUGUCCCAUCCUCUCAGUCCACCACCGCCCAGUCCACCUCUUUCACCACCCAAACCCCCACCCACGGCCUCCUGUCUUCUACACUGGGGGUGACAGCCGUCCCAAGUUCUCCAGCCACCAACCUCACCACCAGACCGCCGAGUACCACCAGGCUGCAGACAACUGUGUUCCUAGCCAGCUCCAUCACUGCACACGGAAGCUCCUCCCUCCCCACCACCGGGUCCGUGUCCACUGAGAGCCAGUCCAUCUCCUCUCUCGUCACAUCUCUUCCCAGCUCUGCAGGGAUGGUAGGGCAGCACAGGACCAUGAGCAGACUUGGGGUCAUGCACAACCAGCUGGAGCUGCAGCCGCAGCCUCGGGCCAGCCCUGGCGUGCCACCCCAGGUCUCCGAGCUCUGGUUGGUGCUGGGCCGGGAGGAAGGUGGGGCCUGCAGCGUGAAGGAGUCUGAGGAAGAAGUCACGUACCAGGGGUGCACGGCCAACAUCACAGUGACCCGCUGCGAGGGUGCGUGCACCUCCUCGGCCAGCUUCAACAUCAACACCAUGCAAGUGGCCACCACCUGCAGCUGCUGCCACCCCGUCAGCUCCUACGAGGAGCAGCUCGUGCUGCCCUGUGCAGACCCUGCGGUGCAGGGGCAGCAGCUGGUGCUCACGAUGCAAGUGUUCAGCAGCUGUGCGUGCUGCCGCCGGCGCUGCGGAGACUAG